AUGAUGCGCUGUCUCAUGGUCUCCGAUACCAUACGCUGGUCGCGGGACAUUUACGUGGAGCACGUCUCCGGAGUGCGGCAGUACAGGAGGAAGACGAGGUACCCGCAGAAGGAUGUCAAGCUUCACAUUGAAAAAUUGCACCCCCAACCUCCGGUUGAUGCGGAGGCGGGCUCGAGUAGAUUAGCAAGCAAACCUGGAGCCGCGCCAUCUUCCGCGUCGUCAGCGUCCCCGACCACUAAUAGAAAUCCUCCCGCAAAACGUAAUACCUCCGUUAACCCGCGGCAACCCGGCGCACGCGCCACCACCACCGCCAUCAAAAGGGCCGGCCCAGCUUCAAGGACACAACCCAGCAAGCCCUCUCCAACAUCAACACCACCUACGACAUCGUCUCUGACGACACCGAGUCCCCUCUUGCCAGCGAGACGUCAGUCACCGCCGGUGGUGCAACAAACAGUCUGGUCGCCCGCACCCUACAGCGAGGGAUUCUCCCUUGUAAUGGGAAAGGGUGCGUGGGGCCAGACAAAAAAAAGGAAGACUCCACCCCACGAACACCCCGGGGUGGAGCAGCACCAACGGCAGCAGCAGCAGCAACAACAUCGAAGGUCGACGCCACCAGCGAGAGAUUGUGGGGAACCAGAGGUCCAAACCGGUGGUGGAUAG